AUGGAGGAAGAUCAGCACCAUCCGAAAGACUUGCACAAAGCCAGCGAGUCUUGCCAUCAGGUUGAGCUAUCCAAGGCUCUCAAAUACCGCAAUGCCGCAUACUAUACAGAUGUCGCAGAUGACUUUUUAGACAAUGCCGACUUUGAGGCAUUGGCUGGUCUAGACACUGGCAGACCAGAUCCCUCGAUUGUGCUUCACAGCAAUGAGUCAGAUGUUGCAAGGUCCAUUGACGAAACCAUCAACCGAGUGAUCGCAUUGGUGCUUCUUGGGGGGCACCCAGAUGGAACACUCACGAUGAGCAGCACCACACAGAGAUACAACAAAAUCGACAUUCCUGACCCCGAGCCGUAUGAGCCCAGUCCUAUCACAUGCAUCCCCGACUGGACAGCCGCGUGUGCCUACACCCCCGAACCCGGCAAAGAACAGAUCCUCUCGAACCUCGUUUUGGAAUACAAGGACCGGGGCUUGGUCUUCACUAAGGAGUUUGAGAGCGAAAUGCAAAUGACUCACGAGCGAUUGGUUGGUGCUAUGAAGGAAUUCGCGGAACGUGGCAAUCAGGUUUCGAACUCUAUCGCGACAAAUUCGGGUAACGACCAAGCCGUCGCAAGCGCCGACACCGCGGCCCAGGUUCUUCGACAGUCGAAUGUUCGUUACAAGAAGCAGUCUACGCUGGGUCGGCAGUUAGCCACCCCAUUCACUCCGCAUGUCACGGAGACACUGCAUCAAUCGACGAGUUACGCUAUCACCACUCCCGCUCGCUUUGUCGGUUUCAUGGAGCAUCAAUCCUUGAUCAUGUUUGAGUUUGAGGGUCUCACGAGAGACUUCAUGUCAAAGGACGAGAUCACGCGGCUUCGAGCAGGACCAGGCCAGAUUGUUAGCGCAGUGGUCGUCGAAAACCCGGCUCAAAUCCGACGCGUCGUUCUCGGUGCCUGGCUACGCAGCAUUCACGUUCUCCAUGACUAA